AGACGCUGAGGAUUGGUUCCCCGUGGACACAUUAGGAAGCCUGGAGAUGGUCCCGCCUCCCUCACACUCCGCAGAGAGGGAGCUCCGCGAAUUGGUCCCGGGAGUCUGGGCGCGCACCGGUCGGCGCUCCAGGAUUGGCUGAGACACGGACGUGGACGUGGGCUCUGCCACGCCAGAGCUGCGCCCGGCGAAGCAAUGGCCAAGGUGUCGGUGCUGAACGUUGCGGUACUGGAGAACCCGAGCCCGUUCCAUAGCCCCUUCCGGUUCGAGAUCAGCUUCGAGUGCAAUGAAGCCCUGGCGGACGACCUGGAGUGGAAGAUCAUUUAUGUUGGCUCAGCUGAGAGUGAAGAGUUUGAUCAGAUCCUAGAUUCCGUGCUGGUCGGCCCUGUCCCAGCAGGGAGACACAUGUUUGUCUUUCAGGCUGAUGCCCCCAACCCAUCCCUCAUCCCGGAGACUGACGCCAUUGGUGUGACUGUGGUCCUCAUCACCUGCACCUACCAUGGACAGGAGUUCAUCCGUGUGGGCUACUACGUCAACAACGAGUACCCCAACCCUGAGCUGCGGGAGAACCCACCCAUGAAGCCAGACUUCUCUCAGCUCCAGCGGAAUAUCUUGGCCUCAAACCCCCGAGUAACCCGCUUCCACAUUAACUGGGACAACAACAUGGACAGGCUGGAGGCUGUAGAGAGCCAGGACCCUGCCCUGGGCUGCAGCCUCCCCCUCAGCUGCACUCCUAUCAAGGGCCUGGGCCUCCCUGGCUAUAUCCCAGGCCUGAUCCCUGAGAACUCCAUGGACUGCAUUUAACUGCAGGCAUCCAGAGUCUCCCUGCACAUCUCGAGGGGGCAGCCAGGCCCCCCAGAGAGUCAUAUGGGGCCAUCUAGAGGACUUUUGGGUCAUCAACUGUAUUCAGGCUUGUCAAACUUGGACCCGGGGAAAGAACAGGCCUCAGGUCUUUCCCAGGCCCAGCCAAGAAGACUCAUCUCACUUGUUCUACACAGGCAUAUAAGCAGCAGGUACUUCAGUUUUUAAUUCUUUCUGACUUGUGUCCUUUUUCUCUUCCACACACACUAUAAAUUCCAUUUGCAGGCCACUGUUCUACUGUACUCCUAUGAGAACUAUUUACCCAAAAUUCUUCCCACAGGCCUCCUUGGCCUGCCUGGAGGCUUUUUUGGUCAUUGCCUGUAAUAGAUAUAGCCCUAUUGGGCAAAGGCUAUGUCAUUCCUCUCUCUUUCCAAACAUCUAAACAGAUCUACCCCAGCUUUCUGGUGUCACAGGCAAGGAAUCCUAGUUAGUAGAACUUUGAUACAUUUUGGUCCUCCCAGGAGAAUUUUUAGGUCUUUCAAUCCAGUAGCACCUAGAAAACUCUACUCCCAAAGGUGCAAUCAGCUUGAUGUUAAGGAACCAUGGGUGCCCCUCCUCAAUCACAGCCACCUUCCUUACUAUUACACCUAAGUCUAGCUUUCCCCAGGAGCUGUCAUUGUGGGGAGGUGAUGUGACAUAGGGGCCUGCCAUACUCGGUCUGUGUUAGUGUCGGCAUCAGAGCUCCUGAGCCUCUUGACUGCCUGGAUGUGUCCUCUGCUAAGACCAUGUGGCCUCAAGGGCCACAGUAUCAUUUCUGGCAAGGGAAGCAAUCGGUACCCUGAAAACCUUCCCUUCCUAGUAUCCUCCAAGCUUUGUGCCCCGGUCACCUGGCUGCUACGUGGAUGCUGUUGUAAUUAGGGGUUUUCAUAUUAAAUAUGUUUGGUUGGUCUAAAA